GCGAACUGUGGCAGCUGUCAGGCUCAGCCUCACCAUGAGCGACCACAACAGCUCCGAGCCCCAGGUCCUGUGCAGCUCGGACCGGCCGCUCCUGCAACCCCUCUGGGAUCGUGUGAGGACCUGGGAGGCGCUCGUCCAGUCGCCCCUCUUCCCGGUCAUCUUCGCGAUCGUCACCUACCUGGGUUUCUGCCUGCCUUUCGUAGUCUUGGACUUCUUGUGUCCCCGGGUGCCCGCGCUGCGACGCUACAAGAUCCACCCGGACUUCUCGCCCUCCGCGCGGCAGCUGCUGCCCUGCCUGGGACAGACACUGUACCAGCACCUGGUGUUCGUGUUCCCGGUGACGCUGCUCCACUGGGUCUGCAGCCCCGCUUUGCUGCCGCCCCAAGCCCCGGAGCUGCUGCAGCUCCUGCGCGACCUUCUGCUCUGCUUGCUGCUCUUCGACGCCGAGUUCUUCGCGUGGCACGUGCUGCACCAUAAGGUGCCCUGGCUGUACCGCACCUUUCACAAGGUGCACCACCAGAACGCGUCCCUGUUCGCGCUCGCCACUCAGUACAUGAGCGUCUGGGAGCUGUUUUCCCUGGGCUUCUUCGACCUGGUGAACGUCAGGCUGCUCCGGUGCCACCCGCUCACUGUUCUUACCUUCCACGUGGUCAACAUCUGGCUGUCAGUGGAGGACCACUCGGGCUACGACUUUCCGUGGUCCACGCACAGACUGGUGCCUUUCGGCUGGUACGGGGGCGUGGCGCACCACGACCUGCAUCACUCUCAGUUUAACUGCAAUUUCGCCCCUUACUUCACCCACUGGGACAAAAUACUGGGCACUCUGCGGGCCGCACCCCUCCCAGCGUGGUGCUGUAGCUGUGGCGGGUGCUCCUCAAACUCUGGGCUGCUGUGCGAUUCACGCUUGAAUCAGAAGAAACAUUCAUGAGCGUUUUAAAAAAAAUACGUUUUCUACUUUUUUAAUACUGGUAACUUAUUAACUGAUGAAAACUGACGAUAGAUAAAAUCUGAUCUAUUGUUGCAAUCUGACAGUAACUUAUACAGUGCUUGUAUAUCCACACAAUUAUAUUCUUGGUGUUAAAUUCUAGAUCAUUUCAAUAGCCUUGAGUCCUGGAUGGAAAUUAGACAUUCAUCACCGGCAUAUUUAAAUACUCUCUAAAAGGAUUUCUUACAAUAACAAAAACUCUCCUGUGUGUGAAA